AUGAAGUUAAAUAAUGUACUGUGUAUUAUUAUGCUGCUUGCUCUCUUUAUCACAGAGUGCAGAGCAGGAAGCGAUGAUUCCAAUGAAGCAGAUAGCAUUGCAGGGCCAUCUAAAGGAAGAAAAAGAAAAAUAAACGAAACAGAAGAUUGUAUGGAUGCAUAUAAUUCACAACAGUCACCAGAGAAUGAGGAACAAAAUGUAGAUGAUGAUCUGUCUGAAACAGAAAUUGAAAAGAGGUAUAAAGUACCAGCGAAAGAUUUGCUUUUUAGUUUAUGGACUGAGAAAAGAUUGGACAAUAAAAGAAGAAAGGCUUAUAAAAAGUUUCACACCACAGAAAAACACCCUAGAUUACUAGAUAUGCAAAGAAAGAUGAUUGAUACAAAUCGUAAAGAUUACCAAGAUAAGCUUAAAAAAAGUAUUGAUGAGUAUUUUGACAUUUCUGACAAAAUAAAAGAUCAUAUGUUUUGGUACUACAUUGCAAGCAAAAAUACAAUAACAGACCAAAGACAUAGAACCUUUUUCGGGCUGAAAUGGCUAUUUAAGAAUGGCGAGGUUGACUAUAUGAAAAAAAUAGAGAGCUUUGAAGGGUACUAUCCUGACGUAUCUGAUGAUAUGAUAGACUAUAUUGAAAAAUAUCAGCCAAUGAGAUCUCCUAAAGGAAAUCCUAUAACUACAUGGAAAGAGACUUUUGGUGAUAUUUAUAUGCGAGAACGGUUUUAUAUAGAGCAUUUUAUGCCUAGCGAGCAGGAAGCGAUCAGCAAGCUAGAAGAAAAGUAUCGCGCAUUGGCAUGCGCAGUGCAAAUGAUUUUCAUGCUGCCUGAAGUGUGCCAAGACUUUUCCAAGAUCAAUGAGAAGUUUAUUGAAAAAACACAUACUCUAAAUACAGAGCUUAUAAGUGAUGUAAGUAAAAAAGUUCUGCUGGCUCUACAUAAAUUGCUAAAACUGCAUAUGUUUGGAAACAAAGAUGUUAACGCAUAUAACGAGCUUUAUGAGAUCUUUGAAAGUGAGCGUAAAGAAAAGAAACUCCUAGAAUUAACAGAAACAGGUUUGUACAAAGAAAUGUACACUAUUAUCGGAGACUUUUACGAAAAAGCAGCGGUGGUUUACGAAAAAAACCAUGUUUUAAAAGGAAAACUCAUCAUAACAAACCAGAGGUAUAAAGUGUGUAGGAAGACAGUGAAGUUGAAUCCACAAAAAGAAGGCUCUUAUGAAAGUGUAAAAAGCCCAGAAUAUGAGCCAGCAAAAAACGAAUGGAAAGUUUCAUCCAAUACACAUAUGCACUAUCACAUAUACUAUGUGGACAACUUAGCAGGAUGCACUAGAAUGCUGUGCAUGCCCAUACACGAAGAAGGCAGAAAAAAAUAUUAUAUGCACACAAUUGAAGACAUGAUAGAACACAUAGAGAAACUGUACGAAAUAAAAGAAAAAACAGAGAAAGUGCAUCCAUUUAAAGUAGAAAAAAAAACUAGAAAAUGGGAGUACAUCAAAGAGAGUGACAGAGGACAGACCAUGGAGACGUUGCUGGAGUAUGAUUUAGUGUUCUAUCAUGUAAAGGAAAGCAUAGAAAUACUCGAUUUUAUUGAUGAAAAAAAUAGAAACACAGUUGCCGAGCCCAUUGAAGAAGAAUAUAUUGAGGUAGUCGAGCUUAGUUCUGAAAAAGACGUAAAGAAUGCUGAGUUUACAUUUGCAGAGUUUAGCCCUAAAACACCACAUGGUGAGAAUACAACCUGCAUUCCUCUCCUUCUUACGCCUCUGAUGCAGCAUGCUGUAGCACUAGGGCCGUUCAUCAAGAAAGAAGAUGCUGACCAUACUGUGAUAAAAUCAGUAGAGACCAUAGAUCAAAAGCCAAACGUGUAUGUGUAUAACGAAGAAAAGUAUGGGGGAAAAAACUUCUCAGACAUGUAUAAUUACUACAGCAAUAUGUACAUACAGCAAGAUGAGGAAAAAAAGAAAAACAUUGACUGCUACAUCAUGAACUGUAAGACAGAGAAGAAAGACAGUAUCAUUGAAGCUGUGUGGUAUGUAAGAAUGUCAGACAGCGUAGAUGCAUACACGCACUGCAUACUAGAUGAAAGUUUGAAGAAAAACACGAGAGAGUUUGACAGAUUUAUUGGUAUAUUGGAGUCAAGAGAGUACAAUAAGGACAGCGAUUUCCAAAGCUUUUGGCUGAGUAAAGACAGCAUAAAAGAUAGCAAGCCAGAAAACAAGACAAAAACUAUAUGGAAUUGGAAUGUGUUUAUAAAAAAUUUAGGAAAAAAGCCUAAAACUGAAAAAGAAAUCCUAUCUGGUAUUAAAGAUACUGAUAUAAGAAUAAAAGAACUAAAAGCAAAGAUAACUGAGCUAGAAAAUACUAAAAGCGAAUUUAAAGAAAAAGAAUUUCAAAGAAAAAGAAACUCAUUGGUCACUAUGAUGGGCAUUUCUACAAAGAAAAAAACUGCUUUCAGCAGAGAAGUGUCUAGAAAGCCGGAUAUGCAAGCAGAGUUUAUUGUGUUCCGUAAUUCAAAUGACAGCAAAUCUAAUCUGGGUGCACACAAUGAACUACUUGAUGUUAUAAUCACGUUUUAUGGGUUCAAAAACCUGAAGAAAGUGAAUAAAGUAAGCAGUGAUUUGGCUGAUCCUGUUGAGUGA